ACACCACCGGAAGUGUACCUUACAACCCGGAAGUUUUAGUGCACCCCGGUGAGCAGUCCGAGUUUAUCUUCGUUUAACCGAGUCUGUCCGGGCAUGUUCUGGAUUAAAGCUUCAUUUUAAAGGUUGGAGUGGCUGCUGAACCAGCAGGCAGUCAUGGCUCACAUCACCAUCAACCAGUACCUGCAGCAGGUUUACGAGGCCAUCGACAACCGCGAGGGCCCGUUCUGCGCCGAGCUGCUGUCCUUUAAACACCCGCAUGUCGCCAACCCCCGGCUCCAGCUGGCCAGUCCAGAAGAAAAGUGCCAGCAGCUCCUGGAGCCGCCGUAUGAUGAGAUGGUCGCCGCUCACCUCAGGUGUACCUACGCAGUGGCCAAUCACGACUUUGUUGAAGCCUACAAGUUCCAGACGCUCGUCGUUCAAUCCUUCCUGAGGGCCUUCCAGUCCCACAAAGAGGAGAACUGGGCUCUCUCGGUGAUGUUCGCCGUCACUCUGGAUCUCAGAGUAUUUGCCAACAAUGCGGAGCAGCAGCUGCAGAAGAAGAGUAAAGGCCAGCCCGGAGAGAUGCUGGAGAAAGCAGCCGAGCAGCUGAUGAGCUGCUUCAGAGUGUGCGCCAGCGACAAUCGCGCUGGGAUCGAGGACUCGAAGAAGUGGGGGAUGAUGUUUCUGAGCAACCAGCUCUUCAAGAUCUACUUCAAGAUCAAUAAGCUGCACCUGUGUAAGCCUCUGAUCAGAGCCAUCGACAGCUCCAACCUGAAGAACGACUACAGUCCCGCUCAGAAGGUCACCUACAAGUACUACGUGGGCCGCAAAGCCAUGUUCGACAGCGACUUCAAGCCAGCCGAGGAGUCACUUUCUUACGCCUUCCACCACUGUCAUCGCUCGAGCCAGAAGAACAAGAGGAUGAUCCUCAUCUACCUGCUGCCCGUCAAGAUGCUGCUGGGUCACAUGCCGACUCAUCAGCUCCUGAGGAAAUAUGACCUCAUGCAGUUUGCCGACGUCACCAAAGGCGUGAGUGAAGGGAACCUGCUGCUGCUGAACGAGGCUUUGUCCAAACACGAGACCUUCUUCAUCCGCUGUGGGAUCUUCCUCAUCCUGGAGAAGCUGAAGAUCAUCACCUACAGGAACCUCUUCAAGAAAGUGUAUCUGUUGUUGAGGACUCACCAGCUGCCUCUGGACGCCUUCCUGGUGGCUCUGAAGAUGAUGCAGGUGGAGGACGUCGACAUCGACGAGGUGCAGUGUAUCCUCGCCAACCUGAUCUACAUGGGUCACAUCAAAGGUUACAUCUCCCAUCAGCACCAGAAACUUGUGGUCAGUAAACAGAAUCCAUUCCCUCCUCUGUCCUCAGUCUCCUAGACUACGUUACCCACAAUCCCCUCUGGCCGUGACGCUCCAAAGGAAACUUUUCUUCCAUUCAGUCAAUAAUUUUUUUAUUUUGUACUGUAAAAAGUGUUGAAUAAAACAGAUGCUGGUUUGUA